AUGCAGAACACGGCGGUGGACGCUGUCCUCUCCUCGGUGAGGGUGGAGUGCCCGCACGAAGGCUAUGGGCUCUACGUCACUUACCACAAGCUCGCCAAUCACCAAAGUGUGUGUCCGCUCGCGCCCUACAAAUACCCUGUGCCCGUCUGCGGCUACGAAGGCCCACCACCAGCGCUCUCCCACCACAUCAGCAUUGUGCAUCCCAUGCCCGUGCACAGGAUCCAGUACGGCAAGGUGCUCCAGCUGCAAGUGCCACUGUCGGAGCCACAGCUCUUGCUGUUCACGGAGGAGGACGGUCGCGCGUUUUUCUUGGUCGACAGCGUGCUCGACAUCGGCUCGCCUAUUGCCGUGUCGAUCAUCUGCAUCAGAGCGGGGGCGUCCCCACUGCCACACUACAUGGCCAAGCUGUGGGCGAAUGGCCCGCCAGGGGAGCCCAAAGGCAGGACCGACGCCGUCAAGGUGAAAAUGGAGGUGACAAGCAGCAAGGAUCCCGGCGACAUCGCCGUUCAGGAGCUGACCUUCUUCACAGUUCCGCCCAAGCAGCUGGCCGGGGCUGGGUUGUCGAGGACGGUGUCCCUCCACAUUCAGAUUAACAAGCUCACCUCCUAA